GAAGUGCCUCAGGCCACAUCUACAAAUCGCUUCCUCACCGCUCAUCUUCUUCCCCAUUCUCUUAUUCAUUUCCCAACCCAUUGUCUCCUUCUUCCGUCAUGGAAGCCAAGAUCCCUGCUCUGUGAUUUUUUUCCCCCCUCAGAGCGCGGUUCUUGGUCUUCCCUCCUCUGAGCUUCUCAGACUUGGCUCCUCUCCUGUUUUCCGAUCAUGUCCAGGAACGUCCGUCUUCGGCAGGCCGCCUCCGCCCGCCAGGAACCCCUCCUCAAGAGCAGUGGAAGCUUCGUCGGCGAGGUCAUCGGGGAGACCACGGCGGAGUGCGCUGUCAUAUGCUGUUGCUUCCCCUGCGCCGUUGCCAAUCUGCUCGUGCUCGCCAUCUAUAAGGUCCCCGCGGGCCUGUGCCGCCGCGCCCUGAGGAAGAACCGGAAGCGGAUGCUGCCGCCGAGGCGGCGUCGCUGCUCGUGCGGCUGCGACGAUACGGAGAACCAGAUUCACCCCAACGGCAUCCUAGACAUGUCCGAUCUGCAGGCGUCGCCGGAGCUAGAUAAGGAGUUGCAGCAGCUGGAGAAGGAGAUGUGGGAAAGGUUUUACGGUACUGGGUUCUGGAGAAGUCCGUCCCAGAGAGAAUCAUCCGACACGAUCACCAGCGCCAAACCCAGAAUCCCGAGUUCUGCCAAGUGGGAAAUCUCCAAGGUUCCCUACCUCUAAAGUCACAUCCUCAACAUUAAGAAAUACACUACGAAACUAUAAUGUCUCUUUUGAUUUUUAAAAGGCGGUUGCGAUCAAACGGGGGAAGAAAUCUGAAGUUGAUGUUUUUGGUGCUAAUAUUGAAUUGAGGGCUUGUGUAGGGCGAGCAAGGCUAAAGCUGAAUCCCUGUCUUUUAUUAAGAAACAGAGGUUCCUCCAACUUAUUGAUGAGUGUGAUGCCAUUGAAUUUCGAUUUGUAUGUUAUGCACAAAAUUUUCCCCCGUGAAAUUGUAAGAACACUGGGAGACACCGCCUCCAUCAUGGGACACGCACGCUGCCAAAGUUUUGUUUUGUUUUUUUUUUUUUUGUUUCGCAGUAAUGAGCUGCGGCGGAUAGAUCAUUGACUUGUCAUAUAUGUUUGUGGAGAAUUGACAAUUCAGUAGAAAUAUGGAAUAGCAGUGAUCAAAUUUUUUCCGUCGGGAUGUAUAUAUGUUUCAGCCUGGGAGAUUUGA